UUGCAGGGUGGUCGAACAGCCCAUUCAGCCCUAAAACUUCCAUUGGACUUGACGCUGUCAGAUAAUCCCAUCUGCAACAUAAGCAGAGGCUCUAGCAAAGCACAUGUACUACAAGCAUGCAAGAUUAUCGAUGAAUGCACAAUGGCUCACAAAAAGUCUAUCGAAGCGUUGGAUCGAACACUGCAAGAUUUAAGAGAGAACAAUCAACUCAUGGGAGGAUUAACAGUGCUUUUGGCUGGAGAUUUUCGCCAGACGUUGCCUAUCAUCCCAAGGGGAACAGCUGCAGAUGAAUUAGAAGCUUGCUUGAAGUCUUCUGUGCUUUGGCGACACGUGCAAACGCUUACGUUGACAACAAAUAUGCGAGUACACUUAUUAGGUGAUUCCACCGCAGGAAAUUUCGCUCAACAGCUUUUAAAUCUCGGAGACGGCAAGCUUGCAACUGAUCCUCAAACCGACUUGAUGAACUUUCCUGCGGGAUUCUGCAACUUAGUGAAGUCAAGUGAUGAGCUCAUAGAAAAAGUAUUUCCAGAGAUCCAUGCAAAUUUUACGGAUCAUACAUGGCUUUGUGAGCGAGCCAUUUUGGCACCUAAGAACAAUUGCGUGGAUGCUGUUAACCUCCGUAUUCAGGACCAUCUGCCCGGCUUAGCUUCCACCUACAUAUCAAUAGACGAUGUGCUUGAUCAGGACCAAGCAGUAAACUAUCCAGUGGAAUUUCUGAAUUCCCUAGAGCCGCCGGGUUUUCCCGCGCAUGAGUUGGUGUUGAAAGUUGGGUCCCCCAAUAUACUAAUGCGCAACAUCUCUCCGCCAAAAUUAUGCAAUGGCACACGACUUUGCGUGAAAAAAUUGAUGGCACAUGUCAUUGAGGCGACUAUCAUGAACGGCACGUUCAAGGGAGAAGAUGCUCUCAUACCUCGCAUACCCUUAAUCUCUAACAACUUGCCCUUCGAUUUUAAAAGAUUGCAAUUUCCAGUAAGACUAGCUUUUGCAAUGACUAUAAACAAAGCACAAGGGCAGUCGUUGAGGGUUGCAGGCAUUGAUCUAGAACGUCCGUGUUUUUCGCACGGUCAGCUUUAUGUGGCCUGCUCAAGAGUUGGAGCUCCCAACAAUUUAUACGUGUACGCACCAGGAGGAAAAACCAAAAACGUCGUUUAUCCGAAUGCUCUACUUUGAAU